UAUCAUAUAAGUGGUAUGGAUUAAAAAUAAUUACGAGAACCUAUUCAAGGGCCAAAAUGUACACGCCAGCUAUUUUCUAAAAUACGAUAUUCUUUUUAAAUGUGGUAUGCCUAAAUUCAUGAAUUAUCGAUAACGUUGGGCACGGCCCUGAAAUGGUACGGACAUUCCCCAACGCCUAAACGAAGAUUUUUAUGAUACGCAACAUUCAUAUGAAUUUUAAAUCUACUGUGUUGUAUUAUCAUCACUUGAAGUCGCAAUAAAAUAUAUAAUAAAUUGAAUUUCUAUUAACAAAUUGAAAUUCUUAAAUUAUCGGUAAUGUAGAAGACGACGACGAAAUGGUAAUGGGGCUCUAGUGCCUCUAAAAAUUGAGCUACAAAAAUACAUUAGAUGCUGGGUCUACUGCUAAUACAUCACCUGUGAUUCUAGCUUCAAAAUUCUAUUUCGAAGUUUACAAAUAAUAGAGCAAAUUUUAUGAUGGACGCGAGAAGACGUGAUAGAGAACAAAUUGGGUUAUGUGGUGUUGAUAGAAUUUGGGGUAAAUCACCAACGCGAAUCGAAGAUUCUGAUGAAGAUGAGGAAAUUAAUAAACACAAGGACAGUAUUAUUCAAAAAGACAGAAAAAGAAAACAUGAAAUGAAAAAGAAGAAAAGUAAGAAACUGAAGAAAGAGAAGAAGUCCAAAAAGGAGAAGAAAAAGAAACGUAAAAAGAGUAAGAAGAAGUCAGACAGUAGUUCUGAUAGUGAUUCAGAAGGAUUAGAAUGGGUGGAAAAGAAUGGACUUAAUGAUAAAGUAAAAGUUAAAAAAGGAUCCAGUUCAGAUGACAGUGGUGAUGAGAGUAUAUUAGGUCCAGUUCAAAAACCACAUGUAACAUUAUCUGCUAAAGACUUUGGUAAAGCACUUUUGCCUGGAGAAGGUGCUGCUAUGGCUGCAUAUGUUGCGGAAGGAAAACGUAUACCUAGGAGAGGUGAAAUUGGUUUAACGUCAGAAGAAAUCGCUUCAUAUGAAUCUGUUGGUUAUGUUAUGAGCGGUAGCAGACAUCGGAGAAUGGAAGCUGUCCGUAUUCGUAAGGAAAAUCAAAUUUAUUCUGCUGAUGAAAAACGAGCAUUGGCUAUGUUUAGUAAAGAAGAGAGACAAAAACGAGAGAAUCUUAUUUUGGGACAGUUUAGAGAAAUGGUUAAUCAGAAAUUGGCACAGGAGCAGAAAAAUAAAUAAGUCAGUUGUUUUGUAUAAAAAGAUAAGUGACCACUUUUAUUUCAUAUUGCAAUGUGAUGAUAAAGAAUGAAUGAUAAAAUGUUACUUGUAUAUAUACAAAUUUAUGCAUAUAAACUCUGAUAUACAUGUAAAUAUAUUACAUUAAUUGAAAUAAUGUAGAGUUAUGUAACUAAUGCUCGAAUUAUAUAUUCUAUUUUAUACUUAAUAAUAGAGAACUAGUGAACAUGUCUAAUUAUAUAAAG